AUGUUACUGAGGUCAGGAGAUGAAGGAUUAGGCCAUUGUAAGGUCAGUAAUACUGUCCUUCUUAUAGAAUUAUUUGUAAUGUUCCUUGUGAUAGUGCAAUGAAACUGCAAGGGGUUAUAGACGGGUCUCCCUGGACUUGUGCUGGUUGGGUUUUUUUUUUAUGCAGUUGUAUUCUGCAAUAAUAGUGCGUUAGUGAUGGGUUUAUACUAUCCACGCAGAAUUCUGCUUUAUUAGUCGUUCUGCUUCUCCAUUUUCACCACCCAGAGGGUAACCUUGCACUUUAGCACAACGAAAGAGGAGCACUUGCCCUCCUGAAUUUUUUUUUUUGUAUAAAAAGUUGCAUGAUUUCAGCAGGAAGCUGUGCGACGUGAACCAACUCCAAAUGAACCCAUGGAAUUCCUUCAGCCAAUUUCAUUGAUUUUGGUUCACAGUGAAGGUAGAAUGUAUUUAUUUAUAAAAAUAUUUUUUUAAAAAAGAAUUUAUUUAUUUAUUGCUUGGUUCUGGUUUGCAGGGAGUCAGUGAAGAACAUUUGUUGCUCUGCUCAAUUCUGAGAUUUCGCCAUACGUUUCCCUCACUGUUCCAAGCCUAUCUCCAUAGCAGUAAGGACCAGAAACUGGCUUUUCCAACCAAGUUAAAGGUGAGAUAUAUCGGGAUGUUGAUUUCUACACACGGCACUACUCCCUGCUGUGGCACAGCAGGAGCACAAAAGGUGAAUAUCCUUCGCUGUGGUUUGCCGCUGCCAGUAUUGUGA